AUGGCAGUCAUACCAGCGACUCAGUCGAUACCCCUCAAGCGUUUUGACCGCAGGGUUCCAUUUCCUAUGGCACUCGGCCAGUGCCUAACCGACUGCGAGUCGAGGCCGUUCGUGAUGCGCACCGGUUUCGCGUCUCACACCCUGGCACCAGGAUUGGAUACGCCCCAGUACACAGUAAGUGCUCCUUCUGCAUUAUCACUAAAAUUGAAGUACCCCCCCUGCUGGUACGCCAUUACACAGCUUCUGCUCCAAGAGGGCCAGUUUUACGUGGACACUUCGCCCCUGCUAUACGUAGACUCUGUAAGCUCCAAUUUGAUUCUGACGAAGCUGAUAGAUUUCCGAAGACAAAGUCGAUGCCCCCAUGCGUGAUGAGGCCUUGACUCGGCUCCGCUCACUUCAUCGUGCAUACUAUGACUUGUCGCCGACAACAUUUUGCAAAGCUGUAUGCUUGACGGACACUUUCAUCACAAGGGUAAAAGUCAAGCCAAAGUACAUGAUGUGCGUCGCAGCGGCUUGCUACUACAUUGCUUCCAAGUUCGAGACGUGCAAGGUGGGUUUUCGUCUUCUCAGGUUCUAAUGUGUCAUUGGGCUUCUACGACCAGUCAGAAGUCUUAUUGGUACUCGUCCUUUAUACUGCUAUCAGAGAUAAAACUCGCUCUAUUCCUUUUUACCUAGGCGCCUGACCAAGAUCGGUUGUGAACGUUAUGUGACCUAAGCACUCCAAGAAAUCAAUUUCUGUUAGAACAUCUGUCCGAUAGUGUAUUACGUCAAAAUCACACGCCAUCUUGCGACCACUAACCUCUUGAACUUUUUUCUGGCUGCAGCAACCGCGUCCUACUCUCGAUAGCCUCGUUCGUCUCUCCCAUUGUGGUGGGUCAGCGUCGGAUUUGGUCCGCAUGGUAGACAUUAUCCUCACCAAGUUGGGCUCCGCCAACGUUACGGCCAUUGGUGCGGCGUCAUCUACAGCGCUGAAUUUUCUUCAGCUCUUCCUCUAUGCAGGCUCUGAUCCAUCCGAUGUGGAUCAGAAUGUCUUAUCCUUACCGCCCUUCCUCGUUCGGCAGCUGGAGAUCGCCCUGUGCUCCACCAGCACGUCUUACUUUCGCCCUUCUUGUCUGGCUCUUGCCUUGUUGUCCUCUUUCAAACGAAAUCCCCCACCCUUGGAGUUGGACGAUUCUUCCGACACUGCUUUCCAGAUGCUACAGCUCCUUCGAUUGAGUGAUUUGUACAAUCUGGCAAAUAUCUGCAAGGUAAAUUUUUGGGACCCCACCUCUUUGUUCAUCACACCCGUUUCGUACGUCUCUGACGUCAAUCUACUUUUGCAGGUCAGCUGGAGCGACGUCGAGGCAUGUUCGUCAGCGUUGUCGGUAUGCGGCGUUACGACUUACUCGGUAUCGCCGAACAGAUUUUCGCCUGUUUCCUCUUCCCUCAUCUGGAACCUCUCCCGUCGUACCAAACUUAAUUUAUCAGGUUCAACCCCACCAACCCUCAACACAAUCGAUGAAUGGACCGAAGAGGACUAGAUAUGCGACUGUGAGUCCGGCAUUUCUGUUACGCAUUGAUUAUUUUAUUCAGUGGAGAGGUAGGAUUACCUACUGAUAGAAAGUUCACUGAAUCGAAGACUCCUUCCCGUUUAUAGCGCAGUAAUGCGUUGUGCAUUUGGAUCCGUAAUGGCGAUUUAGGAUCUUAGCAACAGUCUUAUUCCCUUCUAGGACUCGAGGAUGUUUCCGUGCGCCGGUCGCAUCCUGUUUUGGGAAUUUCGGCAGUUCGCUUUGGCUCAUGGCACCAAUUCCCCUCUAAAUUUUUUCAGAUCCAAGUGAAAAUUGAUCAAGGCAGCUUUUCCGUAGUGUGGCUUUCGGCACGCUUGCCGACUUUCGACCAAGAUGUCACUUUCGUUCUUGACUCGCGUGUGAUUGUACAGUCGCUUUUUUACCGUAACGAGACCCUUGUUUUUUUUACCCUGUCCCUCGAGUUUUACCUGUUCCACUCGAAAAGUUUCUGGACGUCCUGACCCCUAUUCUCUCAUUUCCUCGUCGAUUUAUUUCACCCCUCUCCCUGCCCAGUCUUACCAUAUCUUUCAGUCCAAAAAACGCAAAAAGCAUCCUGUUACAACCGCUUGCAUCCGUUUAUCUCUGCCGUUGUACAUCUGUCACUGUCGCCUGGUUGGGUGGCUGACCCUGUUGUCUUGUGAGGAACCCGCACCGGAUGGGACUUGCGUCACAUCUGGCUGGUUACGCUGCUUUCCAUUUUGCAUUUACUUACAAAUCGUUUUUUUUUAAUUCGAAAAAGCAUUUACGAAGAAAAAGUGUCAAAAAACGUCUUUCAUAUAGGUGCAAUAGAGCCUGUAAUUCUCGGCCCUUCUCUUUAUUUUCUCCUUGGGGGUCCAUGCCUCCCCCCGCGUACCAGGGUCCUUUUGGCGAAGAUGCAGUUCCCCAAUGCUUGAGGCGGUUUGGGAUAUGCGCCGUACUCGUUUCUCGGGCUGUCCGGGGUUUUUUGGUUGCUGCUGUCCCUUGGCUGUUUUCUCCCAGUCGGUCGAGCUGACCAGCUACCGGGCUCUCGUCGUGGCUGACGAAGUCGGCUCAUCUUGCAUGCAGUCUCCGCUUGCACUUUGUCUUCAACCUGCUGCAGUGGCGUGACUUUGGGGGGAGUAAGUUGCUCGGCCUGUAUGAGAACGCCGUUGUUGAUGUGCACGAACUGCGGCCGUAGGUUCAUUCCUGAGAAGAAUGGUAGGCAAUGGGAGCGCACCGGGCGUGAGUUUGGGUAGUUGUUAGUUGUCGUGGCUGUAUCCAGCAAGCUGUCCGAAUUUUUUCCCAGCCCGAUAUGGGGAAAGGUAUCCCGACUCCCCGGGACUUGCUCGUAAGAUUGGUUGCUUUGAACCUCUGUUAGAGAUUUGUAGACGCGUUUCAAAGUGGAGGUCGUGCAGGGUUUUUUCUCCUAUCUAUAGAGUCCACCAGCCUAGGUGGCGCAAGAAUCCGUAACCGACGGUGGAUGGUUUGGCUCUGGUCGUCAUUUGUGUACGUAUAACUGAAUAGGUUAGUGGAUUGCCUGAAUGUGCGUGGAUAGUGUUGAUAGACUGACUCCCUGAAAAUGUUUACCAAAGUCGCGGUGAGUGCGCAGAUGUCCGGCUUGACAACGAGGGGUUUGGACGCGUGACCACGGUAGUGUCAGUUUUAAUCUGUUUAUGGCGUUUGUGGUGCAUCGCGUACCGAGGCGUCAGAGAAGCCGUGACAGGAGCGAGCGGUUGUGGUAAGGGCGUGGUCUUUUCGGCUACGACGGUGCCCUGGGACAGUUUGGACUGUCGGUAGUGGACGCAGAGUAUUCCAACAAGGCCAGUCCUAGGAAUACAGGUGUGGUGACAAUUUCAAUAUUUCUGCAGGACUUGGGCACUGACAUCGUUGGUCCGCGGUGUUCCAGUUUUAGGUGGUUUUAGCUGGCCUCGGAGAUUGAUAUCACAGUUAUCACUGUGGACCGUCGUGCCUGUCGGUCCCAUCGAAAGGUUCCAUACUUUGUUUGUUCUGAGUACGAUUUCAGGGUCCGUUGUGUCGCCUGUAGUAUUGACUCAGGAGAGGUGUUCGGAGGUAACUUAAGUAAAAGUGGUCAAAUUCCCUCCCGCGGUUAUCGUAAAUUGUCCAAGGCUUCGAGCAGCGGCGGCAUUAGAACGACGACUGUAUACAUCCUCUACUCAACUUUGAGAAUGUCGCGGAGAUUUAGGACUAAACAUUGUAACAUGUCAGAGAUCUAGCUGUCCUUGCAACUGUUUCCUAUUUUGACGCUCUUAGAGGUUUUGUUUUCUUUUUAGCGUUAGAAGAUACCAUACUAGCAGCACAAAUACUAGCUAAAAGCCCAGACACGCGUGUUACGUCGAGGUUCUGUCGCAUCAUGGUACAUCUGUGAGGGGUUCGGCUUUUCUGUAAAUGACCCAGCAUUACCCGUGUGCUGUCUGGCAAAUACUCCAAUUUAGAAGUUGUUGCUUUUUAAUUUCCUCAGAAAGUAACUGCUAAUUUGGGCUAGAUCAGUUUAUACUAAGGUCUAUAAGCCUAAGUACCAGCACAUCAAAUUUCGGUCUGCGCCUAUAGAUUUUGUUUUCUAUAUAGGACGACUGGUACACGAUGAUAAGGCACUUCUCACGGCCAGCAAAAGUGUCCAGUUUAUUUUACAGUUGGCGCAGUUUAGUGCAUAGCCGAUUGUCACCUCUAAAUGUACAGAUAUGAAGGCGAGGGAGUCCAGGCUGCGCUACAUAACCGCUUAGGCUGUGGUAUUUAGUGUGCCGUCGUUGAGUAAGAGAUUGCAUAUCCUGGACCCGAAUAGUUUUUGCGGUCUGCAUAUGACAGGUGUUGGACAACUUCCCGUCAGUUGAUACUUGAAGUCACGUCCAGGCUACGGUCUUGAGACAGCGGAAUCUGUUUAUCCAGAAGUUUGGCGUCACCGUAUACGUCGGGUAUUUAAACUUUAAGACUGCUGGACCGCCCUAAUCGUCUCCUGCGAGAAUGGUGACCGAUCGAGAUGAGCAUCGAGUUCGACUGGAGGAAAUGUUGAUCGCAUCUUCUCGUAGUGAAGAUAAAUGUUUUAGGACCUAAUCUAACGUCUCAGAGUCUUUGAUUUCUCCGGCGGCAAUGUUUUUGGUAGCGGAACGGCGAGUCCUUGAGUGGGGUUCACAGACCACCCUGAUGAUCGCAGAGGCUCGUUUUGAAACACCUCUGAGCUUGGUAUGUCGUGAUGUUCGACUGGGUAUUUCAUGAAUGCUACUUGGUUUUAGUACGUUCGGUACGUUUCGUGGUCUUCUAAGAGGAUGCACUGGAUUUUUCGUCCUCGGCGUGCGGAUCUAAAAACUGCCCUGCCAAGGGUGUAGAUUUUCUCAUGGUCUGACUCAAUUGUUCUUGACAUCACUCCUCAAAACCCUCAUCUGUUUUUUGUCCGAUAAGUCCGCUCUUCCCUUAUCUCAGUCUUCAAUAACAGUGAUCUGUUCAAGCUGUGAUAUGUCAAGCUCAUAUUUUUGUAAUUUACUGCAUGAAAAAUAAGCUUUUCGGCUUGGCAUUCGCCCCUGUAUGUGCUCUGUUGACAAGGCAAAGAACGGUGGUGAGCUCACUCGUCAACAACAUAUCAGUAGUCAAGGCCGCUGUAGGCAGCGCACGGUGGCUUGCGUGAGGGUUGGUAUGCUUCUGCAUGUUCAGGCUCAUUUGACCUUGUGUUGCUCCUGAACACCUGAAAGACCAAGUGUGCAUGCAUAGUUUUAUGCAAAACCUUGUUGGCGAACACGCCUCCGUACCGAUGCCUUCUAUUCUCACAGAAGAGGUGAUAAGCUUUGGGAGUGGGAUUGGCAGUUUCAUUACGCCUGUACACUAAGCUACACCAGCCUCAGAAGUGGAUACUGUGUUUGUUCCAUCCAACUUCCAAGAUUACAUGUUUUAGACGUGGCAUGUGUCAGGAAAAGCCCAGUUUGUCGCGUCCCAGGCAACCUCCUCCCAUUGCAGUCUUCCGGUGAGGGAUUUCCAUGAGGAUUUGAAUUAGCCGGUGGGCCUGGCCGGGGACCGUAGGACCAGCACUUAUACUGUCUGUCGAAGUCUUCAGUUUACCGCACAGAGCUCCUUACUAACCAGGCUCCACAUCAGGUCAGGACCGUACAUAGUCCAACCAUCUCUGAUGACAUGUAAACAGGGCGCGAUCGUAGAAAUGAAAUCUUCAAAUGAAAUGACACCACAAAUAAAAGUAAAUAUCAUUUUGGGGUUUCUGGGUUCCAGUAGUUAACUUUAUCCUAACGGGUUGCCCUUUAGCCUAGCUGCUGGCCACCCGGCGCGUCCACAGGUGGCUAAUAGUGGAACAGCCUUCAGUGACGGUUAUUUGCGAAAUAAGCAGAUCCAGGUCUGACGAAUAAGCAGUCGCGGGCCAGCAUCGACAGUGCCAUCAGGGUGCGGAGGGCUGAGGCCUGGCACGCUGAAAGCCUUCUAAAAAAGCCACAAAGCCCGAGGACGGUAUUGUGGCAUAUCAACCGUGAACCGCCAUUAACUAUGUUUGCUUGUCACCAUUGCCUUGUGGCUGGGCCUUUAAACCAAAGCGUUAGAGGAGGCCACCUCGAACAUAUAAUCCGAGCAGUCGUUUGGGAUCCGACUGUAUCCGAAAUUCCCAAAAAACCUAGUGAAAUGUGUCCGACUACAGUAUUAUGGCCCAUGCCACAGCAUCCGUGGAAACCGACACACUCCGCAAUCCCGGUCCAGUGGUGCUGUCGAAUAGCAUGCAAGCUGAGCUACUCAAUCGGGUACGGACUCUCAGUACUGGAUGCUGGAAUGUGCGAACGUUCCUGAACCCCCGUACCCAAAGUCUGAAUGCGCGCACCCUUAAUCAGUACAACGUGGAUGUCUGCUGUCUGUCCGAAGUUCGACUUCCUGACUCAGGCUCUCGAGAAAUCAAGAGCUCUGGAGUCGAAUUACACUUCAUCCUGUAUCACAGCAACCCACGCGACUCAUCUGGUGGGCACGGUGUGGCUAUCGUCCUAUCGCAACAAGCGGACCCCACGUUACUUGCUUAGGAACCAGUCAAUGACCGAUUGGCCUACGAGCGACUGAAGUGUCACUUUGCAAACAUCUCCAUCGUCUCUGUAUACGCACCAACUUCGGCUGCCGAACAGCGCGAUAAAGAGGCGUUUUACCCGCAUUUGCAGGCGUUAGUUGAAAGACUCCCUCGCCGCGAUCUGCUGCUUUUUUCCGGGGAUUGGAAUGGACCUGGCGACUCUACAAACAGUCAUCUUCUUGAUCGCCUUGGACUUAGUUCCCGAUGUUAAAAUGGUGAGAGAUGACUGAACUUCGCUGAUCAGGACCGACUGCUUGUCACCAACACGUGCUUUCAGCAUCGCAAAAAACAUUUUCUGACCUGGUAUUCAAACGACGGUCGUACGGCCAGUCAGAUUGACUACAUACAAGUCAGCUCAAGGUUCCGCAGCUGGGUUAACGAUAGCAGAUCGAUGCGUGGUGCCGAGACUGGUAACGCCCAUGGGUCGGACCAUGUCCUCGUUCGUACACGCUUGAAAGUUCACCUCGUCUGCGCCGAAAAUGCCACGUCCUAGACGCCUCAAUGUCGCAAAAAUCCGGAAAACCAGCACCGUCGAGGUCCUGAACAGAGAAAUCCGGUUCUGUUUUACGACCAAAGUCGACGGAGAAGUCAGUAACGAGUGGUCGACACUGAAAACGUCAGUCUAUUGGACAGCUGAAAAAAGCCUAGGAUGUACCCAACGACGUCGUAGUGAGUGGAUCAACAGAAGAACCCUGUAGUUGUGUGCUCACACGGCUCGAGUCAGAUCCCGUAAUGAUGAUUCCUUACACCAACUUCGAAAGAUGACAGCAAAGUCGGCCAGGGAUGACCGGAAACAAUAUUGGGCUGAAAUGUCGACCUCCAUGGAACAGGCCUCGAACAUUAGUGACACUCUACACUGAGUGACUCUGUUCGCGAUGUGAACGGCGGCUUUAUUGCUGACAACUCGGCCGAAGUCGAGUGCUGACGUGAGCACUUUGAGCACCAUCUUAACUUCGAUACCCAACCUACCUCGCCCUUGCUCUCCUCCUCAGCGGAGCUCCUUCCCUCUCCUACCUCUGCAGUGCCAUGCGAUCCCCCCUCCGAGGUAGAAGUCGCCGAUGCCAUACGAAAGUUGCGCAACAAUAAGGCACUCAGAGAGGACGGUAUACCCGCUGAAAUCUGUAAGUCUUCUGUCGACACUCUGACGCCCUGGCUCCAUGAGGUGAUUGAACAAGCGUGGAGAAACGAGGUUACUCCUGAUUAUUGGGGCUCGGACACCCUCGUGCUCAUCCUCAAGAAGGGACACAAGGCAUGA